AUGCAAUGCUCAUCAUUGAAGACCGGUUGCUUGAAGCUACUAUCUCAACUUCCAGAGGGGCUGCAGCAAGCUGGACGCACCGCAGUUAGUGCCCACCAGCGAAGUUACUGUCCAUAUUCUAACUUUGCGGUGGGUGCUGCGCUCCUCCACGACGACGGGAAGGUUACUUCGGGUUGCAAUUACGAAACUUGUGUUUACAAGGGGACAUGUGCCGAGGCUUGUGCUAUUGUGAAGGCUAACAUGGAUGGGUAUCGUACCGCGCAAGCGGUUGCUAUUUACGGCCGCAGUGUGCUACCCACUGCCGCUGCCGCAGCGGCUGAUGCCACAGUCCCUCCAUGUGGAUUCUGCCGGCAGCUGCUCGCUGAAGUUGCUGAUUUAUCGGGAAAUAUGAACGACUUUCUUGUUGUCCUUGUUACUUUUGACCAGGAGCACGCGAGGCUCUUUCGACUUUCAGAGUUGCUGCCGCAACCGUUCGGACCAAGCAGUAUCGGCAUGGACGUGGCCGCACUUGCGACAGGAGAACACUCAAGGUGUCCAGGAACUUUCUGA